AUGGACUGCGAUAUCUGCACCAAAGCCCUUACCACUUCAAGCGACUGCACCUGUGUGGUGUGCGCGCGAAACUCGAUAUAUCCGCUUCGCAUCGAGCAGGCAACCGUGCUGAUAGAGAAAGAGAAGCUUGCAAGGCAGGUCGAAGCGGUGCUGAAGGGCACUACAGGCUCAGCACUGCGAGGCUCGGACAGCUCCGUCGAACCUACGAUAUCGCUUGGAACGUCGACGGGAGGAACAAUUAUUGACAGACAUGAGUGUGCUAAGAAAAUCGACAUGGACCGCGUUCUGGCGGAGACGGAGGAGGGAAGAGAGCGUGUGCAGAUGAUCACUGACAAGGCAGAGGAACUCCGACGAGAGAUUGAGAUGCUCAAGAAGCAGCGCGCCAGUAAGCAGGCUGCCAUAGCGAAGAAGAAAUCUGAGAUAGCGUCAGCUACACAUGGCCUUGCGGAGCGGCGAGAGAAGGAGAUGGAGCAUGUGCGCAGGAAGAUCAGCAGCAUCAACCGUGCGUGGGACGUUAAGCAUGAGGGGACUGCUGCUGCGAGAGCAUACCUGUGUCGAGAAGCCGCCUUGCUCAUGGGCUUGAAGCACGCCAAACGAAGAUCGAGAGACGGCAGCGUCAAAGAUGUGUACUACCUUGGGCAGAACAAGAUAUUCGACCUUCGAGACCUGCAUUUGGCCCAACCCGACCCGCUCUGCAGCUCCCUCAGCAACAUCUCCAUGCUCCUCGUCCGCAUCUCCCACUAUCUCGCCGUCCGCCUCCCCAACGAGAUCACCGUCCCACACCGCGACUACCCACGGCCAACCAUCUUCAGCCACAGCAACUCCUACCUAGGCCACAACGUGCCCUUCCCCGGUACCACGCCCUCCCAGUCCACAUCCAACAGCCCCGAAGCCUCGCGCUCCCUCCCCGAACACGACCAACACCUGCCCCGACCGCGCGCCCUCUACGUCGACCGCCCGCUCCCCCAGCUCAUCAAGGAAGACCCGACCGCAUACCACAAGUUCCUCGAGGCCGUCUGCCUGCUCGCCUGGGACAUUGCCUGGCUAUGCAAGACGCAGGGCCUGACAACAGCCGACUUCUCAAACUGGGAGGAAAUGUGCCCCCUCGGCCGCAAUCUGUAUGCCCUCCUCAUCACCCAACCCACUAGCAGCACCAUACCUCUCAACAGAGACAUCGCACGCAUAGUCGGCAAACCAGCCCAACCGCACCCCCUAUCCCGCUCGCCAACCUCCACCUCCACAACCACAACCACACCCACUACCACAUCCACGCUCAAAUCCUCCUCUUCCUCCCUAGGCCACCUCUCCCACGGCACAGCACACUCCUUCCUCCCCGUCGCCGGCACAUCGAAAUCCUGGCGUCUUGCCCCGGCGCCCAGACUCGUCGACGGCGUCAAGAGCGCCCUGCUGGCUGAGAUGCAGGGCGCGGAGUGGGAGGUGCUGAGAGAGGACGAGUGGGCUGAGAUGAAGAGGGAGAUGGAGAUGCGUGAGGAGGAGAUGCGUGUGGAGGUGGAGGAGGAGCCUGUUGUUGUUGGCGCGUCGUCGUUGGCGCGGAAAGGUGAGGAUGGUGUACUGCGGCGGUUAGGGAGGGGGGGUGGGAGUGUGUUGACGACGGCUACGGCGACGACGGCGAUGACGGUUGGGGAGGGUGGUGCUGGGGUGGUGAGCGGGGUUGAUGAUGGAGGGGAAGGGGAGAGUACGAAGGAGACAGCGAGAGAAAAAGAAAAAGAAAAGGAGAGGAGAGGAGUAAACGGCUGGAUGAAGUUGAAGAGUCGCGCGGGUGGCGAGGCAGCAGCAGCAGGGGGAGGAGCAAAGUGA